AACAGGACAUGAUUCCUCCUCGCUUUUGUAGUGUGUUCUUUACAGUAGAUUUGCAGGGUCAUACUAUUUCGUUGCACACUUCACCUUUUGGAUUUACGGAGUUAAAACAAAAUCCUACUCGACACUGUGAAAACGAUGUAAAACUUUCUACCUGAGAUAUAUCAGUAAGCAAAUGGAUCACCAUAGGACGAUAAGAUUAAAUAUGGGGUGCCUUACAUAUGAUAAGCAUAUAUGUAUUAAGGACCUACCACAUUGCAACUCGUCAUUAAUCCUGAAAAAAAGAAAAUAAGUUCGUAGUCCUGGUCUUAAGAAGCAUCAGACAUGGAGUACAAUUACCUCGGCCGCUCGGGACUACGUGUGUCCAAUAUUUGUUUGGGGACUAUGACCUUUGGUCAUCAACAGAUAGGGAAGUUGGACAAAGAUGCAUCACAUAAAGUCCUAGACCGGUUUGCUGCUCUCGGUGGAAAUUUUAUAGAUACCGCAAACCUCUACUCUAAAGGCGUUUCUGAGAGUAUAAUUGGCGAGUGGUUGGUACGACAGAAAAGAGAGAAAUUUGUGAUAGCCACAAAGGUUGGAUUUGACAUGGGAGAUGAUGUAAAUAACGUCGGGUUAGGAAGGAAACACAUCAUGGCGAGCUGUGACGCCAGCCUUAAACGUCUACAGACGGACUACAUAGAUCUCUAUCAGGUACAUAUUUGGGACAAUGCUACUCCACCUGAGGAGUGGUUAAAGGCACUCAACGAUUUGGUCACUUCUGGUAAGGUUCGAUAUAUUGGUGUGUCUAAUCUUUGUGGCUGGCAGCUUCAGAAGGUCAUGGAUCUCUGCAAGUUUGAGAAUUAUCCGCCAAUCAUUAGUCUCCAGCAACAGUAUAGUUUACUUUGUCGACAUCCGGAGUUUGAGGAAUUUCAAGUCUGUAAGAAUGAGGGUAUUGGUGUCUUACCGUGGAGUCCAUUAAAAGGCGGAAUGCUGACAGGAAAAUACAAACGUGGAAUGCAACCCCAAGUAGCAGACGGGCGAAUCGGGCUUGUCGCUCAAGACAAGUUUAAGGCAAUGCAAAUUGCUCCCGCUUGGAGUCAGUUUGACAAUAACGAGGCCUUCUGGAAACUAAUGGAAGCCAUGGAGAAAAUUGCCAAAGAACAUGGUAAGACCAUUCCACAGGUGGCUAUCCGGUGGUUACUUCAGAAGGAUGUGGUACCCUCUGUCAUUAUUGGGGCCAACUCUAUUGAGCAACUAGAAGACAAUGUCGCAGCUAUCAACUGGAAACUCUCAAAAGAAGAGAUGGAGAAGCUCGACGCGCUAUCUAAGCCAGAAACUCCGUACCCAUACGAGAUGUUAUAUCGUAGUAACAUCAACAGAGUGAAUCCCUUCUAUCCUUAUCCAUUCGUUGGAAAUAAAUUGAAAACCUAAUUUAUAACAUGGCAUUGAAUAUAAAGAAAUAAUAGCAAUACGAGUCUUACUUACUAGUAUUUGGAAGUUGAAGUUGGUUAUAAUUAUUCGAAUCACUGUGAAGGUCUUUCCACAACCACGUGAUAUAUAGCGCUUUCUAGCCUCAUUGUACUUUUAUCAUCGUGAUGUAUUAAUACAAUCAUGUAUGUGUUGCUUAACAUAUUAAACUUAGUGAAGUUUGA